AUGUCGGACGCAGAGGCGCCUACCUCUCCUGCGCAUGGCGAUGAGGGCAAAUCCUUUCUCUCGCAGGCCAUGACCGAAGACGACGACACUCGAAUGAUGGACGGCACACCCGAGCCAGGCGAGAAGACAUCAGGCCGCGGAAAGGGCAAGAAUGCAGCAAAGGAAUCAUCCAGCAACAUCACUGGCAAGAUUCGGCACCUAAAGAAGGAGGACGGGGAGCCGCUCUGGCGCAAAGACAUCCAAUACGACUUUCUCAAGGCUAUCUUCGAUGACGAAACAGCCGUCUUCACGAACUCUUACGAGCCCGAGAGACCCCGCCAGAACUUUGCCGAUCUCUACAUCGACACCAUGUCGCGAAGCAGCAAGACAAGCAAGGUUCUUCGCGAUAAGCUCCUUAGCGACCGCACGGCAGCAAAGGGUAUGGCCAUGGUCUGCCUGCUGGUCAACAUCGGCAGAAUGAACACGACGCUCAAUUUCUUCCCCGAGAUGCGAGCCCAAUUGCGAACAUACCACGCCAUCCCCUCCCUCCAGGCACACCAAGAUGCCCAUGCCUACAAGCAACUCCAGGAUGCUCCGAGACUGAAGUCCAUCCUCAAGGGUGGCGCCGAGGACCGCGAAGAGCCUGGCAGCCUCAACAAGAUCAAAGCUCGCGAUGUUCCUCGAACGAACCCCGUCAACCUGCUCUUCGUCAUCUGCCAAUCGGCCGCAAAGAUCGCCGAGCUACACUUCCCCCCCGGACGAGAGUUCCACGACCUAGUCAUGAAGACCAACUACACCAGUAUGUCCCGCGCCAAGGCAUUCCUUUGGAUCAUGUGGUUCUACCUCGAGUCCGAUUUCACGGAAGAAGGAUGUGACGAGAACCCCUUUGGCCCAGGAGUCGACUACGGCGUGGACGUUGCUAACCAAGGCGUUCCGAAUCUCAUCGAGAUGACGCCAGAAGAGGAGGCGGCAGAGAAUGUUGAUACGGCGCUGGAGAUCAAAUUCGGCGAAGAGAAACAGAAGAUGCGUGCCAAGAUUCUAGAGGCAGACCAAGCCUAUCUGGCCGACAACCAAACAAAACGUGGCUCGAGGACAUCUCGUGUCAUGGCCGAGGAUGGACCGGCCAUCUUACCUCGAAUCCGCCCUUCGAAGCACGAGUCUGAUAUGGAUAGCGUUCGUUCGACGCCGCCACCCAAGGCGUUGGCACGCGGGCUGGGGGGGUCAGCUCGACGCGGAGGUGCACCACUCAAGUACCAGAUCUUCGAGGCUUCUUCUCCGGCAGGCCCUAUCCAUGGCUCCGCCGAGGGCAUCGUUGCCAGAAAGCCUCGGCCGCCGACAGCACACCAAAUUGCGGUGGAGAGAAACAGAAACCAACGGGUUGAGUACAUUCUUGAUCGUGGCUACCGCAAAGAACUACAUAAGGCGAAGAAGAAGCGGCAGCAGGGAAGCACUCUUUACCGCGCUUUCAUGCGUAUCAAGCAAAUUGAGACCCCGUUCGAGGACAGCGACCCGGAGGACGAUCCCCGUCUGCAGCUGGCAAACAACGAUGGGAGCGCCGGACCCUUCAGACAAAGAGGUAUCGGGGGUAUCGCGCCCCUAGCAUCAGAGAGCGACGACUUCGGCGAAGAGGCGAACGCCUACGCCGCAGCAUUGAGACGUACCACGCGGCGACUGAAACGAUGGGAUGCCCAUGAAGGACCUCCCCUCGGGGUCGUCCCUCCUAGGAAGAGGAAGAAGGCCAACGGCGAAACUAACGGCAACGCCAACGAUGACGCGGGCGACAUGACCAUGGACGUUGACGCGCAGAGAGCCUCGGAGAUGAGGGAGGACUCACAGACCCAUGCGAACGGCGAUGCCAAUGGUGACGAGACGCUCGGCGACAUGACGAUGGGAGACGUCACCAUGGACGAUGGCGACGACGCCGACAAGACGGCCGCCCCCGAUGAUGACGAAGAGCUGGACGACAUGGACAGGUCUCUGCUAGGCCUUGCCGCCGAAGACGCCGAGGAUUCUGCCUCUGAGGACGACUAG